AUGGCUGCAGCCGGAGCCGCCCCUGUGGUGACCGGGCAGCAGCAGCAGCAGCAGCAGGUAGAGGCGGCGCUGUUCGCGUCGAAGCACGCGGAGCUUCUGUCGGAGGCCCGGGCCGUGGCGCGCGAGCACGGCGUCACCGUGCGCACGGUCGCGUUCCGCCCCGACGGCACCGCGGUGGUGCACGAGCUCAUCGGCGUCGCCCGGGAGGAGCGGCUGCGGGGCAUGAUCGGCCGCGCGGUGGCGAGGGACGUGUCCGCGAUGUGCCCGCGCGAGUUGGCCGCGCACCAGCGGCGGCUCCACGCGCUCAGGGCCGUCGUGCUCCGCGAGCUGCAGGCGAAAAAGGAGACGGCAGUGGCGGCUAAGGACGACGCGGGGGCCAAGACCAAGACCAAGACGGCGCUGGAGCAGCGGGAGACGGACGGCGCCAGCGCCGGCGCCGCCGGUAACGCCGCCGAGAGCAACAAGAGCAGGAGGACGGACUACUAG